CCUCUGGGUCCCAUUCUCUCAGUCUCUGCUGUGUGGCGUUCCACUUCGAGCCCGGACCUCCUCCGUCUCAGACCGUCCCGUUCUCCGGAUCAGAGCUCAGAGUCUAGACCUCCACACCACCGGGGACUAUGGCCGUCUGCUCCGCCCUGCCAGCUCUGCUCGUCCUCCUGCAAGCGCUCGCUGCUCAGGCCGUCGUGGACAGCAGUUCCUUCCUCAUCCACAACAAGGAGCACAACAAGUGCGCGAGAGCAAAAAGCGCCACGGACCUCGUGUUGGCCCGCUGCGACCCCAACGACGCCGAGCAGCAGUUCCGAUGGACGUCCGGCUCCCGGCUCCUCAGCGUGUCACUCCACCUGUGCCUCGGUGUCAGCGAGAUCAGGAGGUACGGCAGCGUCUUACCCUUCCCCUGCGACGAGAAGAACAAGCUGCAGCGUUGGGAGUGCAAGAACGAGACGCUCUUCGGCCUGGAGGGGGAGAACUUCUACUUCAACUGGGGGCAAAACAACGCUAAGAACGUCCUGAUCCACACCGGCACCGGCAGUUGGAGUCGCUGGAUUACAUACGGCGGCGCGCUGGACCUGUGCUCCAAGGGCUACCAAGAGACGUUCACGCUGGGCGGUAACGCCUUCGGUGGCCCCUGCCAGUUCCCCUUCCUCUUCUUGAAGAAGUGGUACUCUGAGUGCACCAUAGAGGGCCGCACGGACCAUCAGCUGUGGUGUGCCACUGAAACCGACUAUGACAAGGACCAGAAGUGGGGAUUCUGUCCUGACAAAGGAACCAAAGACUGGGACACGGACCCGGUGACGGGGGUCCAGUACCAGAGGAACGUCCUGUCGGUGCUGACCUGGCACCAGGCCCGCAAGAGCUGCCAGCAGCAGGGUGCUGACCUGCUCAGCGUCGUGGAGCUCCACGAGCAGAGCUACAUCGCAGGGCUGACCAACACAUUGGGAGCCACUCUCUGGACCGGUCUCAACAGCUUGGAGGCAGACAGCGGCUGGGGAUGGAGCAACGGAAACCCCUUCAGAUACCUCAACUGGGCCCCCGGCCACCCGGCCUCCGCGCCGGGCCAGGCCUGUGGGGUUCUGAACACGGCGCGGGCAGCGCAGUGGGAGAGCAGCGAGUGCGGCAAGAAGAGAGGCUACAUAUGUCGCCGCGGCAACUUAACCAAUCAGGUCCCUCCACUGGCCUGGAAGGAUUCUGGGUUCUGUCCGAGCCACUGGGUACCGUAUGCGGGCAACUGCUACAACCUGCAGCGUGGAAAGAAGAUGUGGAAGGACGCCCUGUCUGCCUGUCACAAGGACGGGGCGGACCUGGCCAGUGUUCACAACAUCGAGGAGCAGAGCUUCCUCAUCUCGCAGAUGGGAUACUCGUCCACGGACCAGCUGUGGAUUGGGCUGAACGACCAGAGGAGCCAGAUGUUCUUCGAGUGGAGCGACCGCUCCCAGGUGGCCUUUACCCGCUGGCAGAGCGACGAGCCGUCCCACGCCAACAACCUCCAGGAGGACUGCGUGCUCAUCCGCGGAAAGGAGGGUAAGUGGGCCGACCAAGGCUGUGAGAAGGAGAAUGGAUACAUCUGCAAGAAGACGGCUUCCACCAAGCAACCAGGGGGUCCCCACGAGGUUUUGAACCCCGGCUGUAAAAGGGGCUGGACCCAGUUCCGGUGGUACUGCUACCAGAUCGGGGCUCAGACCAAGACCUUUGAAGAUGCCAAGAAAGUCUGCAAGGAGUCUGGCGGGAACCUGGUGGACGUACAAGACAGGUAUGAGAGUGCAUAUCUCGUCAGUUUGGUCGGUCUGAGACCGGAGAAGUAUUUCUGGACAGGACUUUCAAAUAUGGAGGACGAACACACCUUUAAAUGGACCACGGGAACCAGCGUGGAAUAUACUCACUUCAACAUAGGGAUGCCGGACAGAAAAAAGGGCUGCGUUGCCAUGACGACCGGCAUGCAGGCCGGGUUGUGGGACGUGGUGAGCUGCAGCAACCGUGAGAAGUACAUCUGCAAGAAGCGUGCCGAGGGGGUUUCCAUGACGACGAUGGCAACCACCCCUUCCCCCACGGCGAGCUGCCCGGACGGCUGGGUGAAUAAAGACCCUAAAUUCUGCACCAAGCUGUACAAGAAGCCCAAGGAGGAGAAGAAGAACUAUGCAGAAGCCAAGGCCUUCUGCCGGGGGGUCGGUGGAGACCUGGUCAGCGUCCACGGCCCCCUAGACCUCGCUACCAUAUAUGGCAGUGAUCCGGCCUGGAUCGGGCUCAGCUCUCUGGAUAGCAAUUCUGGGUUCGCCUGGAGCGACGGUUCAGCUCUGAGCUUUGAGAGGUGGCGCUUCGGAGAGCCCAACAACUACAACGACCUGGAGCACUGUGCAGAGGUGGAGCUGUACGACGGCCGCUGGAACGACUGCUUCUGUGAAGCCUACAAAGACUGGAUCUGUCAGAUACGCAAAGGCGUGACGCCAAAACCUGACCCGACUGCAGAAGUCAUAGUGUACACCACAACAGAUGAUGGUUGGACUAUCUACAACGACACACAGUACUUCCUAAACCAUGAUCAGCUAACCAUGGAAGACGCGAGGGAAGUCUGCCAUCAGAAAAAUGGAGAGCUGGCGGUGAUAACCGGGGAAAACGAGAGGAAGUUCCUCUGGAAACAGAUUAACAGAGGAAGUUGGGGACAGUUCUACAUCGGACUGACAGUCAACUUGGACAAGUCGUUCAGCUGGGUGGACGGGACUCCAUUGACCUAUGCUGCUUGGGAACAGAAUGAGCCCAACUUUGCGAACAACGAUGAGAACUGUGUGACAAUAUACAAGAGCAUGGGGUACUGGAACGAUAUCAACUGUGGCGUGGAACUACCCUCUAUUUGCAAGAGACACAAAGACUUCCUCAACACCACCGUGGCCCCUGCCCCGGCCCCAAUUGGGGGCUGCCCGCCAAACUUCACGCCCUUCCAGGGAAAGUGCUACAAGUUUGUGACGGGUAGCGACAAGAUGACCUGGCAAGACGCCCGGACUCACUGCAUAAAUGAGGGAGCGAAUCUGGCAUCCAUCCUCAACACCAGAGAACAAGCCUUCCUCACCAUGCAGCUGCAGCAGCACCCUCAGGACAUGUGGAUCGGCAUGAACGACGUCAACUGGGAGAUGCGAUUCCUGUGGACGGACGGCAAGGGCGUGACCUACACCAACUGGGCCAGAGGUCACCCCUCCAGCUCGCCCAGCGGGCGCUUUUCCAGCCACAGCGAGGAGUUUGACUGCGUGAUUAUUGUGGGAAGUAUCCCCAAGCUGGCGGGCUUCUGGAAGGUAGAAGACUGUGGUGCAAAGCGGGGUUUCAUCUGCAAACGAAACGUGGACUCCAACAUCGCCGUGAAGCCCACCACCCUUGUGCCGAACGCCUUCGUCAAGUUCGGCAACGAGUCCUACAAGAUGCAGACGAUGAAGAUGAGGUGGGACGAGGCGAGGAAGCAGUGUCUCUCAGACGACGCCGACCUGGCCAGCAUCCUGAACCCCAUGACCCAUGCCUUCGUCAGCCUCCAAGUUGACCGGCACAAUAAGUCUGUGUGGAUCGGGCUUAACAGCAACCUGACCGGCGGAAGGUUCCAGUGGAUUGACAACUGGCGUCUGUCCUUCACAAAAUGGGCGCCGGGCGAGCCGAAGUCGAACCAAGCCUGCGUGUACAUGGAUAUCGAUAAAACAUGGAAGACAGCAGCUUGUACCGAAAACUACUACUCACUCUGCAAACAGUCUACAGCCAUCGCCCCAACGAUGCCGCCACAGUUUCCUGGGAGCUGUCCAGAACCAAAGAGGACGAUGGCGUGGGUCCCGUUCCGAGGACACUGCUACUCCUUCCACACCGAGUUGGAGAGCUGGGCCCAGGCUUCUGUCCAGUGCCUCCGGACAGGGGGAGCUCUGGUGAGCAUUGCGGACCCAGCAGAGGGUUACUUCAUCCAGCAAAGCCUGGAGCUUAUAGUGGAUGAUCCCUCAUCCUUCUGGAUCGGCAUGUACUUUAACCAUGAAGCUGAGGCGAUGUGGCUCGACAACAGUGUGGUGGACUACACUAACUGGAAGCAAGACCUCCCUGUGGUAAAGGACGGGUGCGUGGACAUCCAAUCUGACAGCGGACUAUGGAUUCUUAGCAGAUGCACCAGAUACAAGCCCUUCAUCUGCAAGAUAGCCAAAAUCAUUACACCAACAGAGAAGCCUCCAGUGAUCGCGCCCUUGAGCAAGCGAAAGGCUUCCAGCGCUAAUGCGGGAGUGAUCGUAGCCGUGGUGCUGGUUAGCAUCGCCGCGGUUUGCCUCGGGCUCUUCCUGCUGCGCAACAGGAUCCCAAGGCCGUCCCUGGGAGAGCUUACUUUCGACAACCACUUGUACUUUAAUAACCCCAUCCGAUCCAGAGUGGACACCAAGGGGCUGGUCGCCAACAUCGAGCAAAACGAAGAGACGUCGUAGAGACGCUGGCCCUGUUGUCGUUUUUUUACCGCCUGAGCUAACACAAGCAUCCGCUAACACGCGUUUGGUUCACUAGCACAUAUUGUAACACAAUCGGGUUUCUACGAAGGAAUGUCAACGUUUGAAGAUAUGUUGAGAGAUUUUCAACCAAGUCACUUUAUUUUGGAAGUAUCUCCGAAUCAAAACCGAAUCACCUUUUAUCAGCACUAUUUCAAUGAUACUUUCAUAAUGAGUUCUGGACAGGAUGGGUGAAUGAUGUGAUCUGAGAUAAUUUAAUGUUGUUGUUGUUUUUUGAGAAUUGUACAGAUUUAUUUUAUGAUGUUCUUUAAACUUAAUCAAACUAAUUUGACUGAGUCAGAUUAACUAGAAAUUAUUUUAUGAAGAAGAAUAUUUCAAGAUUCGAGAAUGGAGAGUAAAAAUAUAAUUUUAAAAACACGUAGGCAGACAAAGUAAGUAACAGUGGGGAACAGCUGUUAUGUGCCUGUAUUGUAAAUAACUGCAUAAUAAAACCAAAUUAUAUAAUUACAUAAA